AUGUGGCGCUGCCCAGCGGGACUUCAGCCCAACCCAACCCGCUCCCACCGGCUACCGGCCCUCCAUGCUGCCGUCCCGCGGCCUGAGGACCGACUAGCACGUGGAGCAGAUCCAGAGCAAAGGCUGUGCAGUCUGGGUCACAGUAGGUUCAGGCAGCCUCUGAAGGCCGUCGGCUGGUAUGUGGUCUGGCAGCUCUUCCUGUCCAAGUUCAAGUUCCUGCGUGAGUUGGUGGGCGACGCCGGCACGCCACAGGCCGACGCCCCUCCGGCGCCACCGCAAAGCGAGCGUCCCGCCGGCGCCACGCGGGGCCGAAGCCGCGCCGCUCGCCACCGGCCGGACGCCGCCUCCUAG